GUUGUACAAAUACUACGCAGGAGAAGGAAUCCUUUACUGCAAUAACAGCUCCAAUAUACAUAAAUAAUGAAAAUUUAGAGAUUGGAAUGCAAACUAAAAUAAAAGAAUCGAAUGAAACCCCAAGUUCACCAAUAAGAUCAGAGAAAAUUGAUGUAUGGCUUAGCAUUCAAAUCUAGCACAGGAAGAGAACUAUGACAGCAUUAAGAGUUAUAGAGGAGUACUGAUUAAUAAUGUUAAUGUAUAUCUACAUUCUUUAAUAGCAUAGAUUUUUGAUGAAUAAACUUCACUAGCUAUAAAGAUAUUUAACUCUUUAGGUACUUAUUCUUAUUAAUUUAAGGCCCAUUUCCAUUUCCAAUUAUUAAAGAUUAAUCUCUUACAUAAGUUGGUCCAGUUUAAAUUGAUGAAGGGUACAUAUAAAAUUAUAAUAAGGAUGAUUUACUAAGGAUAAUGGUUAGAUAGUAGGAGGCAUGGAUUUGGUAAAUAACUCUAUUCCUUUGGAUCGAUUUAUGAGGGUGAAUGGAACAAUGAUUAAUAACAUGGAUAUGGAAGAAUGGUUUUACCCAAUGGUUAUUAGUAUAUUUUGAAUAUAAGUAUUAGCUAUGAGGGAUAAUGGAUAAAUGAUAAGGCUUGGGGAGUAGGAAAAUAUGUCAUGAUUGAUGGAACAACAUAUUAUGGUGAUUGGGUUGAAGAUAAAUAACAUGGAGUAAUAAAUUAUAUGAUAUUGAGAAAGGAAUUGAAUAAUGGAAUAAUGGAUAAAGGUAUGAAGGCACUUAUUAGAAUGGUUAAAAAACAGGUUAUGGUAUAUUUGAAUGGCCUGAUGGUUCCAAAUAUGAAGGAGAAUUACUUGAUGGUAUGCCUCAUGGUAAUGGUGAAUAUUGUUGGAAAGAUGGAAAAAAAGUAAGUUUCAUAUUAAUUCAUAGUAUAAAGGAGAAUGGAUGUUGAAUCAAAUGAAUGGAUAUGGAAUUUAUACAUGGCCUGAUGGAAAGACUUAUAAAGGAAAUGUAUUAAAAUAAUGCUAAUUUUAGUUUGAAAGGGAUCAAAGAAAUGGAUAUGGAGAAUUAGAUUGGUCAGAUGGAAGAAUUUAUAAAGGAUAAUGGAAAAAUGGAAAAUAAAAUGGAGAAGGGACAUUUACAUAUAAUAAUAAAGUAAGAAAGGGAAUUUGGUAAAAUGGAUAACCAAUUAAAUGGGGACAGUGUGAAAUAUUAUCAUAAUAAUGA